AUGAUUUCUGAAAAGAACAUAACAGCAGCAAGGGGUGGUCGAGGAAGAGAUUUCAACAAAGAUGGUUCCACCAUAAAGAAACUUCAAACUGGUGUUAACAAGCUAGCCGACCUUGUUGGUUUCACACUUGGACCAAAAGGGAGAAACGUUGUUCUUGAGAGCAAGUAUGGAUCUCCAAAAAUUGUUAAUGACGGUGUCACUGUUGCUAGAGAGGUCGAGUUGGAGGACCCGGUUGAGAACAUUGGUGCAAAGCUUGUAAGGCAAGCAGCUGCAAAGACCAAUGACUUGGCUGGUGACGGUACAACCACAUCUGUUGUUCUUGCACAGGGUUUUAUUGCUGAGGGUGUCAAGGUUUGUACAUUCUUCUUUCACCUUCCCUCUGAUGUAAACUCAAAAGAACAGUAUAAUAGUCUGAAGGUGCAAACCCUGUAUUGAUCACUAGAGGCAUUGAGAAGACAGCAAAGGCUUUGGUUCACGAGCUGAAGCUAAUGUCUAAGGAGG